AUGCAUGUCACACCGGCAUUCAAGUCUUCGCCUCACUGUGCUCCGAGCCCGAACGGAUCAUUUGUUGCAACGCUGUUUCCGUCCAAAAUACAGAUCCGGUCUGUUCAGAGCCUUGAGACGGUCUCUGAAGUUCUUCUACCUCCCGACGUGACUGGGCCUGCAUCUACUUUGCAGUGGUCCCCUACUUCUUCUAGGCUCCUCGUUGCUCUUGCCGACCAGGUUCAUGUCUUUUCAGCUCUCGAUGACGGUUUCCGUGCCACCAUCCGCCUUCCAGCCUCGGGGACCUCCAAGCCGACACUCGUCCAGUUUGGGGCAAGUGAUACAGAGGUCUGCGUCUGUUUUCAGUUUGGUCGCACGUUCACCGUAUUCAAUCUCGUCUCUUCCAAAUCCGUUGAGAUCAGCAACCCCAAGUUUCACCACGCGUCUUCCGCUCCACGGGGCUUCGCCUUUCGACCUGGUUCCCGGCACCUGGCCUUGAUGACCCGAGCUACUGGAAAGGAUGUCGUCAGCAUACACCACCCAGUCACACGUGACGUAGAAAGGUCAUGGCACCCGGAUACCAUUGACGCUCAAGGCCUCGUCUGGACUCCGGAUGGCCGCUGGCUAGUAAUAUGGGAGUCUGCAUCGCAGGGCCGUAAGGUGUUGUUUUACACACCCGAUGGUCAUCUCUUCAAAGUGUGGUCUGGGCCUUCUGGAUUUCUCGCCGACGAGAAGGACUACGAUUUAGGAGCCGGCGUUAAAUUCUGCCAAUCCAGCCCAGAUGCACGUCGUAUCGCCAUUGGUGACCAUACCUGCAACGUUUAUAUCCUCGAUGCGGGUGCCGUUACCGAGGCUUCGAGGCUGCGCCACCCUUCGGUUAUUUCCCCAAAAGAUACAAUCCAGAUUUGGCAGGAACAGAUUGGGCCCGGCCCGUCGGGUCCCUCCACACAUGCAUUCGUCCGAGCCAAGCAAACCGUGUCUGCCCCAACUUUCCAACCAAGUGGCAGUGGCACGGAACUUGAGGUAGGCUGUGCCUCAGCAGCGUUCGAUUCGUCGUCAUCUCUUUUAGCCACAAAACUGGAGGAAGCCCCCAGUACCAUCUGGAUCUGGGAUCUCGUCUCCUCCGAGCUCCGAGCCGUCCUUAUAUUUCACGCUAGCAUCUCAGACUUCUCUUGGCAUCCAGAUAUGCGCGAGCUUCUGAUGAUUCGCUGCGAGGGUGACAGCUACAGUGGCCUACUGUUUGUGUGGGACCCGUUAUGGGAAGGGCCCAGAACCCUGGACUUCGGGUCGCACAUGCCCGACUCCAAGAUUGGCGGCAAAACACAAUCGUCAUGGGUCACUUGGCCGGGCCAGCCUGCAGUGUUGUUUUUUGGGAACACGAGACACUACAUGAUCGCGACGCCUGCACGAUCGGAAGAAACGCCUGCACCGUGGCAGGAUUUCCAAAUCGGAGACCGAAGCCUUGGCAAGAGGAAAAUCGAGUCUCCUUCCCCCAGGCAAGGCGGUGGGACUGAUGGUUUAUUCCCACUUAACGACGAGCUGUCUUGCGUCGAUGACACCUUCUCAUUCAAGAAGUGA